UCACAGCGAGUCGGUUCCUUAGGAAGUACGGACACUAAGUCUGCUUAUAACUGUUAGUUUUAAGGGACGUUAUAACGGAAAGUCGUCAUCUUCGGGAUAAUGUCAGAUUUCGACAGCAACCCGUUCGCGGACCCGGAGAUCAGCAACCCAUUCCAGGAUCCAUCAGUGACACAAGUCCGGCAGGCUGCUCCUCCGGGGCUGGAGGAGUAUAAUCCCUUCACAGAUGCCAAACCAACGCCCAAAGCUGCAGCUCCCACCAUCAACACACAGCCGGCCAUCAUGAAGCCCACAGAGGAGCCUCCAGCCUACUCUCAGACCAGACCACAGGAGCAGCCAGCAGCAGCCUCUGAGCUGUUGAGGAGGCAGGAGGAGCUGGAGAGGAAGGCAGCAGAGCUGGACCGCCGGGAGAGAGAGAUGCAGUCACUGAGCGCUUCAGGAGGCAGGAAUAAUAACUGGCCUCCUCUCCCGGAGAAGUUCCCCGUUGGUCCCUGCUUCUACCACGACAUCACGGUGGACAUCCCUGUAGAGUAUCAGAAGACGGUCAAGAUCAUGUACUACCUCUGGAUGUUCCAUGCUGGGACGCUGCUGGCCAACCUGGUGGGCUGCCUGGCCUGGUUCUGUGUGGACUCGGGCCGCGGGGUGGACUUCGGCCUGUCCAUCCUCUGGUUCCUGCUCUUCACACCGUGUUCCUUCGUCUGCUGGUACAGACCUCUCUAUGGAGCAUUCAGGAGCGACAGCUCAUUUAGGUUUUUUGCUUUCUUCUUCGUCUACAUCUGCCAGUUUGGCAUCUAUGUGAUCCAGAGUAUCGGCAUCACUGGUUGGGGCGCCAGCGGGUGGAUCUCUGCUCUGACGGGCCUGAACAGCAGCAUCCCGGUGGGCAUCAUCAUGAUCCUGAUCGCUGGGCUCUUCACCUCGCUGGCUGUCAUGUCCCUCAUCAUGUUCAAAAAGGUCCAUGGGAUGUACCGGACCACCGGGGCCAGCUUUGCGAAGGCCCAGCAGGAGUUUGCUACCGGUGUCAUGUCCAACAAGACGGUCCAGACGGCCGCUGCUACCGCCGCCUCCAGGGCCGCUACAGGAGGCUUCAAGGAGCAGAUCUGA